CACACUUGUUCCCGGGCGCACGCUGCGCUGUUCAUUUAAAAUGAUUUUGUUGCUGUUGUUGUGCGCGCUCGUUUUAUUUGUUGUUGCUUCGUGGAUUUACUUCCUUACCGAUGUGAGGAAGUAUAAUGUCCCUGGACCCACUCCGUAUCCUGUUGUUGGGAAUGGGAAUUUGUUCCUGUGCGAUUCUAAUAAGUUUUUGGGAAUUCUAACCGAUUUGGCGGUACAAUAUAAAGAUGCUUAUCGCAUAUACAUCAUGUCAGAGAGAUAUAUUGUAUUGUCACACCCAAAAUACAUCGAGCAACUGAUAUCAAGCACAGAAAUAAUAACCAAAGGAAUAUCCUACAACUUCCUGCGGCCCUGGCUAGGGGAUGGCCUCUUAACAUCUACAGGUCUAAAAUGGAGAAGUCAUCGUAAAUUUCUCACUCCCGCUUUCCAUUACAACAUACUUCACACGUUCCUUCCCGUGUUUCUGAAGAAUGGGAACAUUUUGUGCGAUGCACUGAAGAAAAAGGCCAAUGGUUCAGCUAUAGAGUUAUUCCCGGUUAUGGCUAUGGCGGCGCUGGAUAAUAUUACAGAAACAAUAAUGGGGGUGUCCUUGGAUGCGCAAAAAGAAAAAGACUCUAAAUAUGUUAAAUCUAUUGACGUCGUAAGUCAAAUCAUGGCGACCAGAAUGAGAGACUUGUUCAUGGGCAACGAUCUGUUUUUCUCCCUGACAUCACAAAAGAGGAAACACGACAAAGCGCUCGAGUUUAUGAACAGACACACGAAGGAAGUGAUCGAUGCUAGGAGGAAAGAGUUGAAUGUCGCCAACGCUAAGAAGUUGGUUGAAAGUUCGGAGUUAGGUAUGAAAAACAAGCAUGCCUUCCUGGACCUGCUGCUAUUGGCUGAAGUUGACGGCAAACAGAUCAGUGACGAAUGCGUCCGCGACGAAGUCGCCACAUUUAUGUUUGAAGGUCACGACACAACCGCGUCGGGCACAGUGUACGGGUUGUACUGUAUUGCGAAUCACCCAGAAGUGCAGCGGAGGAUUGUAGAAGAGCAGAAGGAAGUUUUGGGCGGCGACCUAACAAGAGAUCCUACCUUUAGCGAGCUUCAACAGAUGAAAUAUCUAGAGUGCGUGAUCAAGGAGAGCCUCCGCUUGUACCCAUCUGUGCCCAUGAUCCAGAGAAUGGUUUCGAAAGACGUCGAAAUAGGAGGCCUGCGGUUCCCAAAGAACACCACGGUAAUGAUCAACAUAUACCGCAUGCAACGGAACCCCGAUGUGUUUGAGGACCCCCUAGCAUUCAGACCAGAACGAUUUGAGACCUCCAGCAGUGCCAAGAACGCGUUCAGUUGGAUCGCGUUUAGCGCUGGACCUAGAAACUGUAUUGGUCAAAAAUUUGCAAUGCUGGAAAUGAAAGUGACCUUAGCAGCCAUCGUGAGGAACUUCGAGCUGUCUCCGUGCGGUGAUGAACCUGAGCCUUGUGGGGACCUCAUACUGAGGUCUAGGAAUGGGGUGCAUGUCAAGAUGAUGCCGAGGAAUUAAGAGUUGCGAGUCGACGACUGUCUUACCACAUCACAUUUCAAAAUAAUUAAAUCACUACGGUUACACACUAGUAUUAUAUCUAUACACACACACACACACAUGCACACACUUUCACACACACACAACACACACACAUACACGUUUUAUUUCAAUUUUUGUAAAUUCUAUUGUUUUGAGUGCACUAAUCUCUCAACAUUAUAUGUAUAUAAUUUUGUUUUCAAAUUUAAUUUUACUUCAUUGUAAUAUAAAUUGUAUGUUUAACUUUACUUUAGCUAAAGUUCAUACUAAUUAAUAUCUUGACCUAAAUAUUACUUCAAAUGAUAUGUUCGGUUACUAUUUAUAAACCCUUAAUAGUUAGUAGCGGGGUCUUCUGUCACAAGUAUUUACAAUACUUAUAAGGAGAUUCCAAGCAUAACUAAAUUUUAUUGUAAAUUGUGAAAUGUUGUAACCAAAAAUAAACAAUUUUUUCAUUUUUUCAUCAUUGAUAACUAUAUUGUCCCGGGUAGAUUAGAUUAGAUUAGAUUAAUUUAUUUCUUAUUGGGAAUUACAUUGUGCAGGUUGCGGAAUAUUUCUAAAAAGUAAAUAAAAAUCCAUGAAAGGAAACUUUCGUUUUGGAAGUGGAAAAUUUCGAUCCCCAUACAAAAUUAUGAAGGUAAUUACCGUUAAACGUUUAAACUAAAA